AUGUCUACGGCUAAGGAAUCGCAGAAUGACUCAUUGAUUGGAAGUUUUUCAUUCACAAAGUGUUUGAACUAUACGGUGGUUUCAGUAGCGACGGUAUACAUCCUUUACAAAUUAUUUACUGGACAUGGAACAGAUAUCAAUGUGGGUAAAUUCUUGGAAAGAUCCUCGCCCUAUAUGUGGGCCAAUAUUGGAAUUGCUAGUUGCAUAGGUCUAAGUGUUGUGGGUGCGGCCUGGGGAAUUUUCAUUACAGGAUCUUCUAUUAUCGGUGCCGGUGUACGCGCACCAAGAAUCACUACCAAGAAUCUGAUUUCUAUUAUUUUUUGUGAAGUUGUUGCCAUUUAUGGUUUGAUCACAUCAAUUAUUUUCUCCUCGAAACUAACUGUCGCAGCUCCAGAAAACCUACUCUCUAAAUCGAAUUUGUAUACCGGAUAUUCAUUGUUUUGGGCAGGGUUGACGGUUGGUGUCUCCAACUUGAUUUGCGGUGUCGCAGUUGGUGUGACGGGUGCCACUGCAGCUAUCUCUGAUGCAUCAGACUCUACUCUUUUUGUGAAAAUUCUUGUUAUAGAAAUUUUUGGCUCCCUUUUGGGUAUCCUUGGGCUGAUUGUUGGGUUGCUGAUGGCUGCAAAGACUGUUGAAUUCCAAUGA